GUAAAAUGGCGGCGACCUGUAAAUUCGUGUUUUUAUAAUUCUGUGUCUAGUUUGCCUUUUUAAAAUAUAUAUUAUUAAUAUACCUAUUGACAUAGUUUAAUUAGUAAAACGAUGUCAGAGGAAGAAACUCCAGGUAUAGAAGUUAUACUAAACAAAGAGGGGCUGGAAAAAGCACCGUCGUGUCCUCAUGGGCCUACUCUGUUGUUUGUAAAGUCCAGUAAAGGAAUGGAACGGGGAAGAAGGUUUUACGCUUGUUCAGCCUGCAGAGAUAGAAGGGACUGUAACUUUUUCCAGUGGGAAGACGAGAAGGUGUCAGAAGUUAGACUUUUGGCCAGAGAAGAAAACAACAAAAUAAAACAACCUCCAUAUACUCACCAAGAGUACCUCUCAAGAUACAGGCAGUUCAUAUCACUACCACUGGCUCAGAAGAGAUUUUGUCGGGACUGUCAGUUGCUGUUACUCCCUGAUGAAUGGACCAUGCACACUGCACACCAGGUUCUGGCUGAUGUUUCUCUGGCGCAGCUGAGAAGGCCAAGUCAAUUGCUGCAUCCACUGGAAAAUAAAAAGACUAAUGCACAGUACUUGUUUGCUGACCGGAGCUGCCAUUUCUUGUUAGAUCUGUUUGCUACCCUUGGAUUUGUAAAGGUGCUCUGUGUUGGAACACCAAGGCUCCAUGAACUGAUUAAAACGAGGAACUCAACAGGAAAUAAUCAAGUUAUGAAGAGCCUGUUACUGGACAUUGAUUUCAGGUGCAAUUCCGACACUCCAAUCAGAGGAGCACUUGACGUCCACCUCCCAGUAGUGCCUUCCUGUGAGCCAACUUGUUGUGCCAAGGGCACUGCAGACCUUAUCAAACUGAAGAGGGUUGUCGGCCGCUGGCUGUGGUUCACUGUUACAUUUGCAGUAUUUUGUAAUACAGUAUCUUUUCAGUCAGCAGAAGAUGUUUUCAGAACCUUCCUGCUUGAAGAAAAUGGAGAGCGGGUUGUCAUGGUAACAGACCCACCUUUUGGAGGCCUAGUUAAGCCUUUGGCCCACAGUUUUAAUAAAAUUGGUGCAGAGUGGAGAAUCCAAGAGAAAUCAGAACACUGUAUCCAGGAGAUGCCUAUGUUUUGGAUAUUCCCAUAUUUCUUUGAGUCUCGCAUCAAGGAGUGUUUCCCAACAUUCACUAUGCUGGAUUACCAGGUUGACUAUGAAAAUCACGCACUUUACAAACACGGGAAGACUGGCCGCAGACAGUCUCCAGUUCGGAUAUUCACUAACCUGUCACCUGGAGACAUUGUCCUUCCUGUGGUGGAGGGUUACCGAUUCUGUUCCCUUUGCCAGAGAUAUGUCUCAUCAGAAAACAAACACUGUGAUAUCUGCAGUGCCUGUACAUCCAAGGAUGGCAGAGGGUGGAAACACUGCUCAUUGUGCAACACCUGUGUAAAGCCAUCCUGGGUUCACUGUAGCGCUUGUAAUCGCUGUGCUCUGAGGGAUCAUUCCUGUGGGAGGCUUCCAGCUGGCUGCUUUAUCUGUGGCAGCGUAGACCACAAGCGCAGUGCAUGCCCAAACACGUCUGUGCCACAAGAAAACAAGCAAAGGAAAAGGAAAAACCAGAAUGGACGGCAGGAGAAAGCCAUGGCACAAAAAUGUACUGUCGUACAUACAUCAAGAAGAAAGAAGUGCAAGCUGAAGAAAAAGACAAGCAAAUAAUCUCUCCGUAGAUUUACAAUGUGUGUGUAUGUAAUUAUCUAUACACACUAAUGAGAAAGUAUUCUUGGUUAAUGAUUUUGUUCUCUAUGCAAGCUUUGCAAAAUAUAUAUCUUUUUGUCGUGUUAUAGCACCCCAGGUACUAAAAGGGACAACAGCCAUUUGAAAAUGUAAGCCCCGAGGAUCCACGUUAGAUGUCCUCACCUCAAUUUACGGAUUAAAAAACCCAGCAGGUUUGGAUGAAUCAUUCUAGAAUUGAACCUCAGGGUUUUAGCUUUCAAGUGACAUGUGCUGUCUGUAGAAUUUGGGGUGCAUUGUCAUUCUGAUAAGGGGGUCCUUGCUGCUCUCCUAAAACAACAGGGGAUACACCAUACAUCCAGAGCCAGACUGAGAAAUUGUGUAAGUCUAUUUGUGAUGUGACAUGUGUUUCUAAGGCUGUGAUAUGUACUACAUUAUUUAUUUUGAAUGUGAGAACAUUUGAUCAAGAACUUCAAAGAAGAUGUGGUGUAAUUUAUUUCACUUGGGUUGUAAAUUAUUGUAACUUUUUUAAAUUACACAGGGAUAUUACUAAUAGUAAACACUGUUUAAUAAAUAAAAUGGUAAAUACAGUAAA